UCCUAAUCUAGGCAUGCAUGUUGUAUAGAUAUAUAUUUUACAACACCAUGCUCCCAUGCUCCCAUGCUCCCGUGCUCCCAUCCUCCCAUGCUCCCAUGCUCCCAUGCUCCCAUGCUCCCAUGCUCCCAUGCUCCCAUGCUCCCAUGCUUCCGUGCUCCCAUGCUCCCGUGCUCCCAUGCUCCCGUGCUCCCAUGCUCCCAUGCUCCCAUGCUCCCAUGCUCCCGUGCUCCCAUGCUCCCGUGCUCCCAUGCUCCCAUGCUCUUAUGCUCCAAUGCUCCCAUGCUCCCGUGCUCCCAUGCUCCCAUGCUCCCAUGCUCCCAUGCUCCCAUGCUCCCAUGCUCCCAUGCUCCCGUGCUCCCGUGCUCCCAUGCUUCCGUGCUCCCAUGCUCCCGUGCUCCCAUGCUCCCAUGCUCCCAUGCUCCCAUGCUCCCAUGCUCCCAUGCUCCCGUGCUCCCAUGCUCCCAUGCUCCCAUGCUCCCAUGCUCCCAUGCUCCCAUGCUCCCAUGCUCCCAUGCUCCCUUGCCCCCAUGCUCCCGUGCUCCCAUGCUCCCAUGCUCCUAUGCUCCCAUGCUCCCAUGCUCCCGUGCUCCCAUGCUCCCAUGCUCCCAUGCUCCCGUGCUACCAUGCUCCCAUGCUCCCACGCUCCCCUGCUCCCGUGCUCCCGUGCUCCCAUGCUCCCAUGCUCCCGUGCUCCCGUGCUCCCAUGCUCCCGUGCUCCCAUGCUCCCAUGCUCCCAUGCUCCCAUGCUCCCCUGCUCCCGUGCUCCCAUGCUCCCAUGCUCCCAUGCUCCCCUGCUCCCGUGCUCCCAUGCUGCCGUGCUCCCAUGCUCCCGUGCUCCCAUGCUCCCAUGCUCCCAUGCUCCCAUGCUCCCGUGCUCCCGUGCUCCCAUGCUCCCAUGCUCCCAUGCUCCCAUGCUCCCGUGCUCCCAUGCUCCCGUGCUCCCAUGCUCCCAUGCUCUUAUGCUCCCAUGCUCCCAUGCUCCCGUGCUCCCAUGCUCCCAUGCUCCCAUGCUCCCAUGGUCCCAUGCUCCCAUGCUCCCGUGCUCCCAUGCUCCCAUGCUCCCAUGCUCCCGUGCUCCCGUGCUCCCGUGCUCCCAUGCUCCCAUGCUCCCAUGCUCCCAUGCUCCCGUGCUCCCAUGCUCCCAUGCUCCCAUGCUCCCGUGCUCCCAUGCUCCCGUGCUCCCGUGCUCCCGUGCUCCCAUGCUCCCAUGCUCCCAUGCUCCCAUGCUCCCGUGCUCCCGUGCUCCCGUGCUCCCAUGCUCCCAUGCUCCCAUGCUCCCGUGCUCCCAUGCUCCCGUGCUCCAAAGCUCCCAUGCUCCCAUGCUCCCAUGCUCCCGUGCUCCCAUGCUCCCAUGCUCCCAUGCUCCCCUGCUCCCAUGCUCCCAUGUUCCCGUGCUCCCAUGCUCCCAUGCUCCCAUGCUCCCAUGCUCUCAUGCUCCCGUUCUCCCGUUCUCCCGUGCUCCCGUGCUCCCAUGCUCCCAUGCUCCCAUGCUCCCAUGCUCCUGUGCUCCCGUGCUCCCAUGCUCCCAUGCUCCCAUGCUCCCAUGCUCCCGUGCUCCCAUGCUCCCUGCUCUCAUGCUCCCAUGCUCCCAUGCUCCCAUGCUCUCGUGCUCCCGUGCUCCCAUGCUCCCAUGCUCCCAUGCUCCCGUGCUCCCGUGCUCCCAUGCUCCCGUGCUCCCAUGCUCCCAUGCUCUUAUGCUCCCAUGCUCCCGUGUUCCCGUGCUCCCGUGCUCCCAUGCUCCCAUGCUCCCAUGCUCCCAUGCUCCCGUGCUCCCGUGCUCCCAUGCUCCCGUGCUCCCGUGCCCCCGUGCUCCCAUGCUCCCGUGCUCCCAUGCUCCCAUGCUCCCAUGCUCCCAUGCUCCCAUGCUCCCGUGCUCCCAUGCUCCCAUGCUCCCAUGCUCCCAUGCUCCCAUGCUCCCAUGCUCCCAUGCUCCCGUGCUCCCAUGCUCCCGUGCUCCCAUGCUCCCAUGCUCUUAUGCUCCCAUGCUCCCAUGCUCCAGUGCUCCCAUGCUCCCAUGCUCCCAUGCUCCCAUGCUCCCAUGCUCCCAUGCUCCCGUGCUCCCGUGCUCCCGUGCUCCCAUGCUCCCAUGCUCCCAUGCUCCCGUGCUCCCGUGCUCCCGUGCUCCCAUGCUCCCAUGCUCCCGUGCUCCCGUGCUCCCGUGCUCCCGUGCUCCCGUGCUCCCAUGCUCCCAUGCUCCCAUGCUCCCAUGCUCCCGUGCUCCCGUGCUCCCGAGCUCCCGUGCUCCCGUGCUCCCGUGCUCCCAUGCUCCCAUGCUCCCGUGCUCCCAUGCUCCCAUGCUCCCAUGCUCCCGUGCUCCCAUGCUCCCAUGCUCCCAUGCUCCCAUGCUCCCAUCCUCCCGUGCUCCCAUCCUCCCAUGCUCCCAUGCUCCCAUGCUCCCAUGCUCCCAUGCUCCCGUGCUCCCGUGCUCCCAUGCUCCCAUGCUCCCAUGCUCCCGUGCUCCCAUGCUGCCGUGCUCCCAUGCUCCCAUGCUCCCAUGCUCCCAUGCUCCCGUGCUCCCAUGCUCCCAUGCUCCCAUGCUCCCGUGCUCCCAUCCUCCCAUGCUCCCAUGCUCCCAUGCUCCCAUGCUCCCAUGCUCCCAUGCUCCCAUGCUCCCGUGCUCCCAUGCUCCCAUGCUCCCAUGCUCCCAUGCUCCCGUGCUCCCGUGCUCCCAUGCUCCCAUGCUCCCAUGCCCCCAUGCUCCCGUGCUCCCAUGCUCCCAUGCUCCCAUGCUCCCAUGCUCUUAUGCUCCCAUGCUCCCAUGCUCCCGUGCUCCCAUGCUCCCAUGCUCCCGUGCUCCCAUGCUCCCGUGCUCCCGUGCUCCCAUGCUCCCAUGCUCCCAUGCUCCCAUGCUCCCAUGCUCCCGUGCUCCCGUGCUCCCAUGCUCCCAUGCUCCCAUGCUCCCGUGCUCCCAUGCUCCCGUGCUCCCAUGCUCCCAUGCUCCCAUGCUCCCAUGCUCCCAUGCUCCCGUGCUCCCAUGCUCCCAUGCUCCCAUGCUCCCAUGCUCCCAUGCUCCCAUGCUCCCAUGCUCCCGUGCUCCCAUGUUGCCAUGCUCCCAUGCUCCCGUGCUCCCGUGCUCCCGUGCUCCCAUGCUCCCAUGCUCCCGUGCUCCCGUGCUCCCGUGCUCCCGUGCUCCCAUGCUCCCGUGCUCCCAUGCUCCCAUGCUCCCAUGCUCCCAUGCUCCCAUGCUCCCAUGCUCCCGUGCUCCCAUGCUCCCAUGUUCCCAUGCUCCCAUGCUACCAUGCUCCCAUGCUCCCAUGCUCCCGUGCUCCCAUGCUCCCGUGCUCCCAUGCUCCCAUGCUCUUAUGCUCCCAUGCUCCCAUGCUCCCGUGCUCCCAUGCUCCCAUGCUCCCAUGCUCCCGUGCUCCCAUGCUCCCAUGCCCCCGUGCCCCCGUGCUCCCGUGCUCCCAUGCUCCCAUGCUCCCAUGCUCCCAUGCUCCCAUGCUCCCGUGCUCCCAUGCUCCCAUGCUCCCGUGCUCCCGUGCUCCCGUGCUCCCAUGCUCCCGUGCUCCCGUGCCCCCGUGCUCCCGUGCUCCCGUGCUCCCAUGCUCCCAUGCUCCCAUGCUCCCAUGCUCCCAUGCUCCCAUGCUCCCAUGCUCCCAUGCUCCCAUGCUCCCAUGCUCCCAUGCUCCCGUGCUCCCAUGCUCCCGUGCUCCCAUGCUCCCAUGCUCUUAUGCUCCCAUGCUCCCAUGCUCCAGUGCUCCCAUGCUCCCAUGCUCCCAUGCUCCCAUGCUCCCAUGCUCCCGUGCUCCCGUGCUCCCGUGCUCCCAUGCUCCCAUGCUCCCAUGCUCCCAUGCUCCCGUGCUCCCGUGCUCCCAUGCUCCCAUGCUCCCAUGCUCCCGUGCUCCCAUGCUCCCGUGCUCCCAUGCUCCCAUGCUCCCAUGCUCCCAUGCUCCCAUGCUCCCAUGCUCCCGUGCUCCCGUGCUCCCAUGCUCCCAUGCUCCCAUGCUCCCGUGCUCCCAUGCUCCCGUGCUCCCAUGCUCCCAUGCUCCCAUGCUCCCAUGCUCCCAUGUUCCCGUGCUCCCAUGCUCCCAUGCUCCCAUGCUCCCGUGGUCCCAUCCUCCCAUGCUCCCAUGCUCCCAUGCUCCCAUGCUCCCAUGCUCCCAUGCUCCCGUGCUCCCAUGCUCCCAUGCUCCCAUGCUCCCAUGCUCCCGUGCUCCCGUGCUCCCAUGCUCCCAUGCUCCCAUGCUCCCAUGCUCCCGUGCUCCCAUGCUCCCAUGCUCCCAUGCUCCCAUGCUCUUAUGCUCCCAUGCUCUUAUGCUCCCGUGCUCCCAUGCUCCCAUGCUCCCGUGCUCCCAUGCUCCCGUGCUCCCGUGCUCCCAUGCUCCCAUGCUCCCAUGCUCCCAUGCUCCCAUGCUCCCGUGCUCCCGUGCUCCCAUGCUCCCGUGCUCCCAUGCUCCCGUGCUCCCAUGCUCCCCUGCUCCCAUGCUCCCAUGCUCCCAUGCUCCCAUGCUCCCAUGCUCCCAUGCUCCCAUGCUCCCAUGGUCCCAUGCUCCCGUGCUCCCAUGCUCCCAUGCUCCCAUGCUCCCAUGCUCCCAUGCUCCCGUGCUCCCAUGCUCCCAUGCUCCCAUGCUCCCAUGCUCCCGUGCUCCCGUGCUCCCAUGCUCCCAUGCUCCCAUGUUCCCAUGCUCCCAUGCUCCCGUGCUCCCGUGCUCCCAUGCUCCCAUGCUCUUAUGCUCCCAUGCUCCCGUGCUCCCGUGCUCCCAUGCUCCCAUGCUCCCAUGCUCCCAUGCUCCCAUGCUCCCGUGCUCCCGUGCUCCCAUGCUCCCGUGCUCCCAUGGUCCCGUGCUCUUAUGCUCCCAUGCUCCCAUGCUCCCAUGCUCCCAUGCUCCCAUGCUCCCAUGCUCCCAUGCUCCCAUGCUCCCAUGGUCCCAUGCUCCCGUGCUCCCAUGCUCCCAUGCUCCCAUGCUCCCAUGCUCCCAUGCUCCCGUGCUCCCAUGCUCCCAUGCUCCCAUGCUCCCAUGCUCCCGUGCUCCCGUGCUCCCAUGCUCCCAUGCUCCCAUGCUCCCAUGCUCCCGUGCUCCCAUGCUCCCGUGCUCCCAUGCUCCCAUGCUCCCAUGCUCCCAUGGUCCCAUGCUCCCGUGCUCCCAUGCUCCCAUGCUCCCAUGCUCCCGUGCUCCCGUGCUCCCGUGCUCCCGUGCUCCCGUGCUCCCGUGCUCCCAUGCUCCCGUGCUCCCAUGCUCCCAUGCUCCCAUGCUCCCAUGCUCCCAUGCUCCCAUGCUCCCGUGCUCCCAUGCUCCCAUGCUCCCAUGCUCUUAUGCUCCCAUGCUCCCAUGCUCCCAUGCUCCCGUGCUCCCAUGCUCCCGUGCUCCCAUGCUCCCAUGCUCUUAUGCUCCCAUGCUCCCAUGCUCCCAUGCUCCCAUGCUCCCGUGCUCCCAUGCUCCCAUGCUCCCAUGCUCCCAUGCUCCCAUGCCCCCGUGCUCCCGUGCUCCCAUGCUCCCAUGCUCCCAUGCUCCCAUGCUCCCAUGCUCCCGUGCUCCCAUGCUCCCAUGCUCCCAUGCUCCCGUGCUCCCGUGCUCCCGUGCUCCCAUGCUCCCGUGCUCCCGUGCUCCCAUGCUCCCAUGCUCCCAUGCUCCCAUGCUCCCGUGCUCCCAUGCUCCCAUGCUCCCGUGCUCCCGUGCUCCCGUGCUCCCGUGCUCCCGUGCUCCCGUGCUCCCAUGCUCCCAUGCUCCCAUGCUCCCAUGCUCCCGUGCUCCCAUGCUCCCAUGCUCCCAUGCUCCCGUGCUCCCAUGCUUCCAUGCUCCCCUGCUCCCAUGCUCCCAUGCUCCCAUGCUCCCAUGCUCCCAUGCUCCCGUGCUCCCAUGCUCCCAUGCUCCCAUGCUCCCGUGCUCCCAUGCUCCCAUGCUCCCAUGCUCCCAUGCUCCCAUGCUCCCAUGCUCCCAUGCUCCCAUGCUCCCGUGCUCCCGUGCUCCCAUGCUCCCAUGCUCCCAUGCUCCCAUGCUCCCAUGCUCCCGUGCUCCCAUGCUCCCAUGCUCCCAUGCUCCCAUGGUCCCAUGCUCCCGUGCUCCUAUGCUCCCAUGCUCCCAUGCUCCCGUGCUCCCAUGCUCCCAUGCUCCCAUGCUCCCAUGCUCCCAUGCUCCCAUGCUCCCAUGCUCCCGUGGCUGUAUGCGUGCAUUGAGCAGCUCGUGUGCACACGACAAGCCCACGGACACACACAAGGCGAGCAGGGAGCAGGGGAUGCGGGGCUCGCAGGGGGUGGUGGUGAUGGUGGUGGGGGGAGCAGGAGGAAGGGGAAGAUGCCAUGCAGCACGGGGAUGGGGGAAGUCUUGUUGAAUGCUGAGGAGAAUCCGCUUAGCCUGGUGGAGUGCUGCGGUGGUGAGGCGGCGUGCGGCGAGAGCAGGAGUGAGCACACGGAAAGUGGCGCGAUGGGCAGCUGCAGGCAUGAUGGUGGCCACGGCAGGGGCGCAGGGGAGAGGCGUGUGCUGGCCGUGGCUUGGCGGCCGGGCUUUCAUCUGCACCUCUACUGCUCUCAACUGCCAUGUGGCGAUGCGUGCAUUGUGGAUGCUGCUGCGCCCCAUGCUGCUGCGGCCCAUGCUGUGGCAGCGACAGCACGGCAGCAGCCAUCCCUGGCAGCAGCAGCACCUGCGCCGCCUGCCAUGCCCCUCUCUUCACCCGCUGCUCUCGCUUCUGGCUGCUCUGGGGCUGCCCUGGAGGGAGAGACGCACGCGCGGAGGGAGGAGGGGGGGGAUGGGGAGUUUGGGGAUGAGGUUGUGGAGAACACACAGGCGGGCAAGCGACAACGAGACCCCACCAGGCGACUCGCCACGGGCGCCAAGCUCUUACCUGCCCCAGCCCCUCUCCCGCCUUCGCCUCUCCACUCCACUGCUGCUGCUGCUGCCUGUGGCGCUGCUGCUGCCGCAGCGGUGGCAUCAAGCGGCGGUGCAGCUGCUGUGGCAGGAGUGGCAGGUGGUGCAGUGGGCAUGCUUGCACGUUGUGAAGGGCCGCUCAUGGGGGGGGGCAGGGACGAGAGGCAGAGAGAGCGCGAGGGGGGUGGGCAGCAGCAGGUGGUGGGAGCGGUGCGGCGCAAGCCGGGGAGAGGCGAGGCGACUCUGAGUGUGAGCUGCAGCGAUAAGAUGGCCCGGUGGAACGUGCUUGGCGCGCAGGGUGCAGUGCUGAGCCACCUGCUGUGCGCGCCCCUCUACAUCACGUCCAUCAUCGUCGCUGCCCCCCCCUCUCCACAUGUCUCCCCACUUUCCUGCACCAUCUGCUCCACUUCCCGCCUCUGCCCCUGCCUGAACGCGGGGCCGAGCGCACAAAUGCGAGGAGAGAGCACAAGUGGGGGGGAAGCAGGGCGGCAGGGGGUGGCGUGUGGGGCAGGGGCGGAUGGCGCAGUGGGAGCUAGCAGAGAGGGGUGGAUAGGUGAAGGAGAGGAUGGGGGGGCAGGAGGAGCAGGCGGAAGUGAGAACAGCAGCAGAGGAGGGCAGGAAAGGUGCGCAUGUGUGUUGAGUGCGGUGAGGCGAGCUGUGUGCUGGCGACUGCUGGUGCACACACAGCUGUGUGGGGAUGGAGAGAGCACGCAGCAUGGCUUGUGUGCCGGCUCCUGCAAGGGUGCUUGCACAUGCACAGGGGAAGGUGCGAGUGGAGGUGGGCUGGAGGAAAGCUGUGGCGCUGGCGAGGCGUGUGAGUGUGGUUGCGGUGCAGUGAAGAGGAGGCGGAGGGAUGGUUGCAUCUCGCCACGCUAUCAUGUGCACCAGCCUGUCAUUCUCUUGGCACCGCCACCGCCCUCUCAGUUUGCUCGCCAGCAAGACUCGCUCACUGCUGUUGCUUGCGGUUUUUCUCUGCUGUGGGACGCGGCAUCGGCACAGCACGAGGCGCUGAUCGGCACGAGUGGGCGGCGCCAGGGCACUUCCACGCGCGGAGCGCUCUCCCCCUCCACACGCUCCUCCAUCUGCCGAGCCACGCUGCUGGCGCGCUUCAAGGCGCUCCUGCCAUUCUUCCCGCACCACCUCUCCCUGGCCUCUCUACCGUACCUGCACAUCAAGAGGGCCGCAGCAGCCUAUGAGCAUGCCCGUGCAGCGUUUCAUGCACCCCCGACUCCGUUUCACGAGUGGAUUGAGAAGCCUCCAGCCUGGCAGAUGUUCUCGUGAGCUAUUGGCUACUAGCAUGUGCAGUGGCUUGAGAACACUUACGUUC